AUGAUAAAUGGCCGUUCUAUCACCUGGACUAGGGGCGCAGCUGCAAGCCUACCCGCCGAUGCGAACAAGUGGGCCGUGGAUCCGGCGCUUAUGAAAGGUGCUACUGAGCAUGCGGCCCAUGCUACGGCCACACGACUCGGUAAACCUAAAGUCGUCAUCAUGGGCUCGCUUCAUGGCACGACAACUAUAGGUGGAACUCGUCAAAAGAUACCACACCGGCCCCAUUGCACGUUUAGAAUGGAACCGGGCGGCCAUAUCAAGGUUCAUGUUUACGUUGAUGUUUCCAAGGCCAUCUCGGUGGACGGGUUGAAAGUGGUAGGAGAAAGUGUGAGUAUCCGCGAUCGGGAACCGGACUCAAAGCUGUCCAUCGGGGACUACUGGAGGACGUAUAAUGAUUCCGCACCGGCCUAAAGAGGACCGCGCGACAACAAUAAACGCCCCACUGUACGUUGGUGGAUAUCCAUGGGCUCUGGCACCGCGAAUAUGAGGUAGUAAGCACAAGGUGGAGGCUAUGUCUCCACCUCCCCUCCCCCUUUUGUCUCUCCUGGCUUCUCUGUCGUUUCUUCCUUUCAUUCCUUUGCUUUCCGCUUUCUAUUCGAUUUUCC